CCGGAGCCCCAUCAGAUUCUGGUCAUAUUACCCGGUUACCAUAGAGGAGGAGCGCUGUGCAGAGCGGCUCGGUGAGUCACAGGCAUUGCUUUAAUAGAGAGGAGCAGGAAGAGAUGGGUCAGUUCUAAGGAAAGCUACAGGAGGCUUCGCGUGAGGAGAAGGGAGCCGGAGCUGGUCUCUGGAGAGGAAACAUCACACGUCAUAUCCCGGGUUCCCCAGUCAGCCAGACCAUGUCUGAAGACGAUUGUCGUGUUUUACGGAGUCGUCGUUUAGUCUCCAAACCUCCGGAGAAAGAGGAAGUUCUAAGAAGAACAGAAGCAGACAGACCGUUCAGAAAUAUGACAAACGGUUUUAUGGACUUGGAACACGUCAUCAACAGAAAAAUGGACCUAAAGAAGAAGGCGGAGCUUUUAAAGAGUGAGUUAAUGAAGGAAGUAGACAUUCACUUCGAUGAAUUUGUGAACAAUUUGAUUGAAGAGUCCACAGCUCUAGAAGCCUCCACUGCAGCCACCAACUUCCACCCUGGAAAUGGAGAUAAAGAGGGCAACAAAGUAAGGGCAGUGGUCAGGCCGCCACCUGAGCAUGGGAAGCUGUUUAUGUCGAGACGUUCUCUACUUGAUGAGCUCUUUGAAGUCAAUCAUUUUCGGACGAUCUACCACAUGUUCAUUGCCCUCCUCAUCCUCUUCAUUCUCAGCACACUGGUGGUGGAUGGAAUUGAUAAGGGCAGACUUGUCCUGGAGUUUGAUCUCUUAGAAUAUGCCUUUGGCAAAUUCCCAAUUGUUUUCUCUACAUGGUUAUGUAUGUUCUUGGGCACGUUGAUCAUUCCACAUGUACUUUUGUCGAUGUGGGCACAGGGAUACAAGACCUCUUCUCAUCGCAAACUCCGCACUUUGUUUUAUGGAUUCCUAUAUAUGACAUUCCAGAUGGGUCUUGGCUUCUGUCCAGCAUACAUAGUUCUGCAGCACAGCUUGCCCCCAGCAUCCCGGUUUGUUGUCAUUUUGGAACAGAUUCGGCUGAUAAUGAAAUCGCACUCAUUUGUAAGAGAAAAUAUCCCUCGGAUCUUCUCUUCUGCCAAGGAGAAGACAUCUGUUGCUCCAGUCCCACAAGUUACGCAAUACCUGUAUUUCCUGUUUGCUCCAACUCUGAUCUACAGAGACAGUUAUCCAAGGAAUCCAUCCAUAAGGUGGGGCUAUGUUGCGACCAAAUUUCUUCAGGUGCUUGGCUGCCUCUUCUAUGCUUACUAUGUCUUUGUCCGACUCUGCAUUCCACUUUUCCACAACAUGAGCCAGGAGCCUUUUAGCCUGAAGGUCCUUGUCCUCUGUAUUUUCAACUCUAUCCUGCCAGGUGUGUUGAUUCUCUUCCUGGCCUUCUUCGCUUUCCUGCAUUGUUGGCUCAAUGCAUUUGCUGAGAUGCUUCGCUUCGCUGACCGGAUGUUCUACAAGGACUGGUGGAAUUCAACCUCAUUUGCCAACUACUACCGAACCUGGAACGUGGUUGUCCAUGACUGGCUGUACUAUUAUGCCUAUCGGGACUUUCUCUGGUUCUUUGGCAGAAGAUUCAAAGCUGCAGCCAUGUUAUCUGUGUUUACUGUCUCCGCUGUGGUUCAUGAAUACGCACUGGGGAUCUGCUUUGGAUUUUUCUAUCCUGUUCUUUUCAUUCUGUUUAUGGGCUUUGGCAUGAUUUUUAACUUCAUCCUUCAUGACCGUCGGAAAGGUCCCAUCUGGAAUGUGAUCAUGUGGACGUCUCUGUUCCUGGGUCAGGGUGUUCUCCUAUGUCUUUAUUCCCAGGAGUGGUAUGCCCAGAAACACUGCCCCAUCAGCAAUCCUGCGUUUUUGGACUUCUUGAAGCCACGGUCUUGGAACUGCCAUGUUGACGAGUAAACUGAAGAAACUACAAAAGCUACAUUGUCAGACUCAUGGCAAAAAGAAAAUCGACUGACGUCCUCAAUUUGUUACUGAAUGUUUUUGUACCAGUUCUGGAAACAGUCUGCAGUCAGUGACUACAGCUUUUGUAAAGGAUUCAACUUUCCUUUUUCUUAACAAACCACCUCUACAUAUAGACAAGUACCAGCAUUGAGCAUCAUGCCUCAAAUGAUGCCAUUCUUCUGAUGUCUGUAACAUCAUACAUUCCUUUAGCCUCAGAUAUACCGAAUUCGGUUUACAGUAGAAGUUACUGACCUUCCUCCCGGAACAUCCCAUUCUUCUUCCUUUUUGAUCUAAGAAAGAUGUGUUCUUGUACUGAUUAAUGGUUGUGCCGUCAAGCAGGACCUUGAAAUCAAUAGGCAUAACUUUGCAGACUGAUGUUCUGGUGCCUUUUGCACAUUGUACUUUCACUGAAUGUAUUUCCCUUUGAAACCAGCGAGGCACGAGAAGGCCAGCAAAGUGCCACGUUUUAGAAAACAUAGCGACCUUUAUCAAUGCUGCAUUACAGAGCAAUAAUGAGUUAUGUGACAUUACAACCAUAAUAACACUUUUAUUACCAAAGAUUACCUUCUCCACCCUCAUUACCUUUUUUUUUUUUUUUUAAAUAACACUUUUUGAUUUGACUUUUAAUAUCACGACUCUAGAAAUAACUAUCACAUUUUUGUUUAGCCCAUUUUCAUUUAUCCUAUUGCAUGCUUCUCGGAAUUGCUAUAAAGGUUCAAUUAGAAUUAUUGUCUGGGCACAGGCUAUAUUUAAAAGGUAAGACACUGUAGCUCAUUUUAAAUAUGCCAGCAUAUUGGAUUUGCACUGGGUUCUUUGCAUCAGACAUUAUGUUGAAAGGGACAUCCCUAGGAUUCAUUUUUAGAUGUGCCUGCUCCCAAUGUAAUUUCUCAGUUAACUGGCAGAAGUAAGCAAAGAAGCAUGCGUUUCUAAAGGGAUUCUAAGGGUGCCGCCUUUCGCUAAGCGUUGGCUUAUGCACAUGCUUUUUGCUACUUUACUGAAGCACGUUCCUUUAGAAAUUGUAAUUUUUGCUGCUGGAAUUGAGAGUUGUGAAUCAACAUCAUAUACUGUAAAAA